ACUCCUCGAUACCAACAGGAAUUUCCCGCGGCAGUCUGCAUCCAAUUAGAAAAUUUCCGUCCGUCUUGCAGUCCACUUCGGACAGUUUGUUGGUUUGUGCGUGUGUUUUGCUCGCGAUUUGACGGCCGAUAGGAUGUGAGAUUUUGUUUUCUUUUCUCGACUACUUUCGUGGAGUAUUUUCGUCUUCUGUCUGCGGGCCUGGCUGGCUCGUCAAGACUACUUUGUCCGUCGCGUGAAAUUGCCUUAGUCUCGUCGCGAGAACAAUUUGAAAAUCAUCUUUUGGCCGUCCGUCUCUUGUGCGGAUUCACUCGACUCUGCUGCUUCCGUCUCUGUGUUUUUCACUGUCACUGGUCGCCGUCGGGAUUCCAGAGGAAAUCUCAGUGCAUUCGUGAGUUGAACGGCAAAAGGCCCAGUGCAAGUUGAAGAUUUUGUGUUUGGCAGAAAUGUCAUAUUGAAAAGUGCGGCGCCGUGAACGUGAGCAAGCUGCGGAGUGCCUCCUUGUUGUCAAACGGACGAAGUGUCGCGCUCGAGUGCGGAUUCCACGGAAGGUCUGAGGAAAUUGAAGCGGCGCCGAUUUCGAGAUCCGCUGAGGAAUAUGCAGAACGGUUCGGCGACCUGAAAAAGCGGUCAGGCCAGAAGUGAAUUUAGUGUGCAAUCGCGCCGCGGCCGUUUGAGGAGGACGUGGACCACCAGCCUCUGGUCCGGGACGAGCUGAACGAGGACCUCAACAUGGCCUCCCUCAUCUGAGAAGCUGAUGUCGUUGCUGCCGCUACGCCGUCUCCACAAAUGAAAAACAUAACGGAAUCGAGUGAAAAGCUUAUUAUACUUCCAAGUGAUUAUCGUCAUUUUUUCGGCACCAGGAAAUGAUAAUAAAUCCGAAAUCUAAAACAUCGACUUCCCAUCCAUAUUAGAAAAUUUUGUGCCAAAUAAUAUCCAAACAAAAAUUAAGUUUUCCUUUUUUUCUCUGAAAAUUCCAUAGAAAUAUUGUUAAAGUUUUCUGAAUUAGAAAUUAAAUUGUGAGUCAAAGAGAAGCGAGAGAAUAAUAUCAAACCUCGUAAUGUUUCUUGUGCAAUAUAAACAAAAACUCAGGUGAUAAAUGAAUGUAAGUCAACAUAGCGGUCCGGGGCCACCGCCACCGAAUCACGGUCAUGGCCCAUCAUCGGACCGCCUGGUUACAGGAUCAUCAUGUCGGGCACUUAGAACUGCCGUAUCAGCAUUAUAUUCUGUUGAUGAUUUUAUUAAGGAGAAAAUCGGUUCGGGAUUCUUUUCGGAGGUUUAUAAGGUGACACAUCGAACAACUGGUCAAGUCAUGGUUCUUAAAAUGAACCAGCUGCGAUCAAAUCGGCCGAAUAUGUUACGUGAAGUGCAACUUCUUAAUAAACUAUCACAUCCAAAUAUUUUAAGAUUUAUGGGAGUCUGUGUACAGGAAGGACAGUUGCAUGCGUUAACCGAAUACCUAAACAGUGGUUCCUUAGAGCAAUUAUUGGCCAAUGAAGAGGUAGUCUUGACACCUCAAAUGAAAAUAAGACUAGCACUUGGAAUUGCGAAAGGUAUGCAGUAUCUUCACGAUGCCGGAAUUUUUCAUAGAGAUUUAACCAGCAAGAAUAUUCUGAUACGUAAACAUUCGGAUGGCCUUAUGGAUGCAGUAAUUGGUGAUUUUGGCUUAGCGGCGAAAAUUCCUACAAGAUGUGGAAGCAAGACUCGUUUAGAUACGGUCGGGUCACCAUAUUGGAUGAGUCCCGAAUGUUUGAAAGGCACUUGGUAUGAUCAGAGCAGUGAUGUUUUCUCCUAUGGAAUAGUUUUGUGUGAAAUAAUUGCCCGCAUUGAAGCCGAUCCUGAUAUAUUACCGAGGACUGAUAGUUUUGGAUUACAUUAUUUGGCAUUUGUUGAGUUGUGUCCACCUGACACGCCACCUGUAUUUUUAAGAUUGGCAUUUUAUUGUUGUACCUAUGAUCCAAAAAGUCGUCCAACUUUUAAUGAUAUCGUUAAAAAAUUGAAUUACCUAUCCGAAGAAGUAUACGACGACGCAAAUUCCAUGAGUUCAUUGGAAAUCAACACAAGUCCUAAUAGUAGCGACUCCGAAACGCAAAUAUCCCAGCCUACCACCAAAAUCAAUGAAAUUCCCGCCAAUAUAAAUAAUAAUAACAAUCCAUUAAUUCAAAAUAAUAACAACAACUUAAGUAUUAGCAAAAAGUAUUUAACAACGGCAUCAAAUGAUGUGAUUAGCGGUCCGUCCCAAAACGGAAAAGAUAAUAUGGAUACAGUGAAACCUCGUUUAAAGAAGGUCACAAAAAAGUUAGACGCCGAAACUCAGCAUCGACGGUCUCUCAGUGAGAAUAUCAUUCAUUUUCCGCAACAUACAACACCCAGUGAUAAAGCUCGAUGCCAUCACAUGAAUCGACCUAAUUCAUCAAAUACUCCAACUCCUGAAUCGCCAGUAUCAACAAACCUAACUCUAAGGAAAGUCGCUGAGACGAUGUGUCUAAAAGAUCCACACUACAAACCAAAACGAACGGAUCAAAAUGGUGUCAAAACCAAUCCGUUUACCGCGCUAGCCCAGUUACGUGGCGUUAAAAAGAUCCUUGGAGCGAAUCCAAAAACCUAUGCUGGUGGUAUUGGGGAUUUGUUCAGCUCAUGUUUUGAAAUGUCCGCGCCUUUCUUGCAAGAACUUGCCGACUUGCAGAAAGAUGGUAAACAAUACAAUGAGCCUAAAAGUUUACCGUCAUCGCCAACGACGGGGAGAAAGUUCAUAUCAGAUUUGUGUACGGUUGCGGCCGUACCCGCCAAAAUGAAAAGUAAACAUGUGCCUAAUGGUGGCGAAUCUGUCAUUGAUUCAGAAACGAGCAGUGAUGAUUCUAAAGCCGAUAUUGAUUCUUAUAAAAAUAACACUGGAACAAUUCGCAAAUAUAGAGCGAAUUCAUUGUUUACGCAUCCACUAUUUAAAAGUGUGCAAAAAGAAGAGACUGCUACAAGUAAUUGCGAUAGACUGUUCGCUUCUCAGCAAGGAAGCUAUGAUGUUACGGAGAGAAAUAAUAAAAACAGCAAAGGGUCAUCAUAUGAUUCAAGUUGUUUGAUAGAUAAUCCAAAGCCUUUAACUCGAAGAGAUUCCAUAGAAAGUGGAUUCUUCUCGUGUUUCAAUGAGGACUCAGACACUACAAAUUUUAAAAUGAAUCAUAACUGCAAUUGCAUGGAUAAGAUCAAGACCCAAUUGAAUUUGGAAAUUCCAGUUGAAAAACUAACAAGUCUUUGUAGGUGUUGUUAUUUUAUGGCUAGCAGCAACCAGUUAUCUAAUCAAACACUUAACGAUUCGUCCACAUCGAACUUGCUCGAUGAUGGAACGUCCACAAAUAUCAGUUCGCUCAGAAGUUUAGACGAUCUUGAAUUGCCGGACUCGCGGAAGCGAUACACUUGCCAUCAUCAUCUACUUAGCAACAUUGAUGCGACGUCAAUUGAUAUGGGUUUGAUUAAUCGGCUGGCACUCGAUUCGGAAAUCAGUUCCUUGGUUCAGAAGAGUCAAUUCACUAAUCAGCUUUUGUAUCGGAAGAACAGAACAUCCUCGAUAUACACAGACAGCUCGGAUGAUAUAAGCAGCUUGGCAGGAUCCGAUUCUCUUUUGUGGGACGACCGAUCCUUCACUUCAAUACCAAAUACAAGAUCAGCGCAAAUAGCAAAAAUUGUUGAAUAUUUCGAGCGUAAAGGGCAAACCAUCAAAUCACUCCAAGUACCUGAUUCGUUUAAGUCAUCAUCAUCCAGUACAUCGAUAAGUAAUGCGAGCAGCAGUCUCGGUUUUGGGGGAACUCAAUCAUCGAAUAGCGCUUCCGCGUCGGCAGCGGCCGCAGUUGCUGCUGCUGCAAACAAACUUAAUUUAUCGUCCUCGUCAUCGUUUCUAACAGACGUCGGUGGAGUAGGAGCGGGAAGUGGUAGUGGAACAGGAUCAACUGCCAUAACACCCCGGAACCAGUAUCUUUCUGAUUGCUACUCGUCGUCCCAAUCAAAUGGUGGUAGCAGUGGUGGCGGAUUUUGUUCGGCCACCAAUGACUAUCAUCAUCCAUCAUCGGCAACAACAUUGUCAUCAUCGUCAGGUAUGUCAGGUUAUAAUUCGAUUUCGAAACGAUCACCAUACGAUCAUCAUUAUAAUUACAAUCAUUAUAAUUGCGAUUAUGAUGCAUUUCGUUUCGUAGAUUUAGAUCGUAAACCGACACAACAACGUUUGAUGGUAGUGUGCGAAGGUGCUGUACGAUCAAAACUACAAAUAUUCGAUAAGUUAAAACAGAGUGGCCAAAAAGAAUAAUAAAACAAAACAAGAAAUAUAUCUAUAGAAAUUAUGUAUACAUAUUAAAAUUAGAAUUAUUAUUUUAUUAAUAUUGUAUUUGAGGUGGAGAAAACGGAAGAAAAAAUGAAAGAAAAAUAUGAAAAAGCUAUCAUUACGAUUAUUUGUAAUUUUGUCCUUUUUUAACUUAUUUACAUUCAUAUACAUACAUUAUAAUUUCAUUGCAUUGUGAAUUACAUAUUUGUGGAGAAAAUAGAACUUUAGUAAUGUA